GCGGACGGGCACUUGUGAGACAACAUGCGACUGCGCAUCGGGUCAUUCCCCCCACCCCGGGCUGCUUUACGCCCCCACCCCCCAUGUUGACAGCCACAAGCUUGUCAGUCAACGCAUGAAGAGCAGCCUGAUUGUUUUGUCCUGGGAAAUAGCAACCCUGCCAAAUACACCUGCUUACCUGGGACAGAGGAUGUGAUGGAGCUGCUUGAAGAAGACCUCACAUGUCCAAUUUGCUGCAGUCUGUUUGAUGAUCCUCGAGUUUUGCCUUGCUCACACAACUUCUGCAAAAAAUGCUUAGAAGGUCUUCUAGAAGGGAAUGUGCGGAAUUCUUUAUGGAGACCAUCUCCAUUCAAGUGCCCUACGUGCCGUAAAGAAACUUCAGCUACUGGAGUUAAUAGCCUGCAGGUUAAUUACGCCUUGAAGGGUAUUGUGGAGAAGUACAACAAAAUCAAGAUCUCUCCCAAAAUGCCAGUGUGCAAAGGACACUUAGGGCAGCCUCUCAACAUUUUUUGCUUAACUGAUAUGCAGCUGAUUUGUGGAAUCUGCGCUACUCGUGGUGAGCACACCAAGCACGUCUUCUGUUCUAUUGAAGAUGCCUAUGUUCAGGAAAGGGAUGCUUUUGAGUCCCUCAUUCAGAGUUUUGAGACCUGGCAUCGGGGAGAUGCUCUUUCUCGCUUAGAUACCUUGGAAAGUAGCAAGAGGAAAUCCCUACAGCUACUGACUAAAGAUUCUGAUAAAGUGAAGGAGUUUUUUGAGAAACUACAACAUACAUUAGAUCAAAAGAAAAAUGAAAUCCUGUCUGACUUUGAGACCAUGAAACUUGCAGUUAUGCAAGCAUAUGACCCUGAGAUCAACAAACUCAACACAAUCUUGCAGGAGCAACGAAUGGCCUUUAACAUUGCAGAGGCUUUCAAAGAUGUGUCAGAACCCAUCGUAUUUCUACAACAGAUGCAGGAGUUCAGGGAGAAAAUCAAAGUAAUCAAGGAAACUCCCUUACCUCCCUCUAAUUUGCCCACAAGCCCUUUUAUGAAAAACUUUGAUACCAGUCAGUGGGAGGAUAUUAAACUAGUAGAUGUGGACAAACUUUAUUUGCCUCAAGACACUGGCACAUUGAUUAGCAAGAUUCCCCCGAACUUCUGUCUGUUACUUGUGAUAGUCCUUCUGCUUGGCCUCCUCAUUUUCUUUGGUCCUACCAUAUUCCUAGAAUGGUCUUUAUUUGAUGAAUUGGCAACUUGGAAAGACCAUCUUUCAAACUUCAGUUCUUAUCUGACUAAAACAGCUGAUUUUGUAGAACAGUCAGUUUUUUACUGGGAAGAAAUGUUAGAUGGGUUUUUCUUUUUCAGUGAAAGAGUCAAGAAUUUUACCUUGGUGGUGCUGAAUAACGUGGCAGAAUUUGUGUGCAAAUAUAAACUAUUAUAACAUCUCAACUAUGUAGUUCUCUGCUUUUUAAUAGAAAUUGUUAGAGAACAGAGGAGUAAUUCAGAAUUUGGGCAAGAUUCCAGACAGGUAUUUUUCUCCAAAAGUAUUCCUUUCAAAAAUAAUGUCCCAUAUACACUGAACUAAUUAGGUAGCAUAAAAAUAUAGUAGUAUAGACCUGAACCUUUUUCCUUUCUAAAGAGUGCUUUUAAAAUAAAUACCCCUUGCCCCAUGUUGCUGUGUUUUUUCUGUGAUAAAAAUUGGAGGUGAAAAAAAGUGGAGGUAAGCAUGUCUAUAGUCCCAGCCACUGGAGGCAGAGGAUCUCUAGUGCCCAGGAAUUCAGGACCAACAUGGGUAACUCUAUCACAAGACAUAGAAGACAAAGGGAGAAGAGAGAAUAUCUGAUCUAGUAUUCAACUGACGAGGUAGGACACCUAGUAGUGAUUGUUCAGGCAUGCAGUGAAGACUAGUCUUAUGAAGCAACUUUUUUGGGACAGUGAACAUUCUUUUUAAAAACAAUGUGAAUAGAUUGGAUUUCUAAGGCUUUAUAGAGGGUUGAUUCUCACCAAAAUAUAAAUUUUAUGUAAUCAAAAAUGACUUUUUUUUCUGGUAAGUUUACAUUCCCCCCACCCCCCA